AUGCUCGCUUCGUCCACUUCAAAGAAUAGAUAUCGAACACACAAAAGACCUACUCGUACGAGUGAUCAUUUAAGUAUCGGAGUGGAAGGAGUUGCUUUUGGGUCAAUCAAGAUGAAACAAAAUAGAAAAAUCAAACCCUCAACACUUUCAACAACAAAUGCACAAUUACAUUCAAUAUCUUCUCAGGAUUUCUUUCAAAGAAAUGAAAAUUUGGAGAGUGUUCAAUCGUCAAGAACAUUUCGUGAAGAAAAUUCGAGGAAGGAAGAAGAACCACACAGCACCGAGUCGUCACUACAACUGCAUGUGGAUGAUCAAUCAUCCAUUGUAAAUUUGAAUUCUUGUGAUUUGGAUGUUUCCCGAAUAUCCUCACAUGUUAAGGAGGAUAGUUUUUCUUCUCCAUUCUUGAAUCUCGACUUUGAGGAUUCUAUUAUGUAUAGUACUCGUACUAUAUUACCACCGCCGUCACCUCGCUCAUCAUCCCAACAACUCAUUCCAAACACUGCCGAACCAUCCAUGAUGAAUGGUAUCAUUGACUCAAUGACGACCACUACGAACCAUGCUUCCAACCCUUCCAUCCACUUUCCAACAUCUUCAACCAUUACAGUUUGUUCAAAAAAUCUUUUACAACAAGAAUAUUCUUCAUCAAAUCCAGCAACAAUUUCCAAAGAGAGAACAACCCCUCAAAAAAAAGGCCAUUCCCUUAAAAAAAAAACUUCUAAACCUCCAAUCACACCACCACCACAACAACUCUCAAAAUUAGAAUCAUCAUUCCAUGCGAAUUCCUCUCCCCUGAAGAAAUUAGAAUUGUAUUGUAAUAAUGAAAAGUACAUUUACAAUGAUUUUGAUUUUGUAUUAGCCUCCGAGGAGUACAUCUCCUCAGAAAAUGAAAAGACUUGUCCCAUUCCGAAAUGGAACAAAAUCACUCAAAACAUUCCUUUGACUUUCAUCGAUGAUCUUCAUUCGGAAUAUAUCCUACAACCAUUGGAAAGAACUCAACAUUCUUUGAAUGAGGAUGAACAUGGCUCUCCUUUGAAAUCAAGAAAUUCCAACACGGACUCGAAAUCAUUCUUCCUUACUGAUCAUUGCAUGAAUGAACAAGAUCAUGAGGAUACCUUUGAAUACAAAGAAUCAGAACAAGAGGAUGUUUUUCCAUCAACGAAUCAUGUCUUGCUGACCAAAGAUGGUGUCCAAGUAUAUGAUCACAGCUUUGCGUCAAAUUCUUCUCCAUUACCACCUCUCGAACGUUCUGCAUUCGCAAUGUUGCCAAUUCGACCUCACACGAGUAUGAGCUUUUUUACUUCAAACUCGAGAACAUGCAAAACGACAUGUUCAUCACCCCAUUCAAGAAGUAGAGACAUGUCGUCAAGAAGCAUGUUAUCAAAAGAGUCAUUACUAAAGGAGGACCAUGAAAGAAGAUGGUCACCGUCAUCACCACCACCACCAUACCUGACCUCCAACAACAACAAGAUGGAUGAAUGGAAUUUAUAUCCUUCUCGUUCGAAAAUUAUUUUGGAACAUCUCAUCCAUACGAAACCCAUUGUUAGGACAACUUCCACCACCACCGCUAAUAAUAACAACAACAACAACAACAACACAGGAAUUAGAACUCAUGACAGAAUUAGCAACACAUCAAGGAGUUCUUCUUCUCAACGUAGCAGACCUCUAUCGAUGAUGACGUCUUCAAUGGAUUGGAAAGCUCAACAAGAGGAGGAUAGGAUUGAGGUGAGGUUACCCGAUCAAUCCUUACUCUCAGCUACAUCCAAACCUUUGAUCAACAGAUCAAUAUUAUAA